AUUUGGAUAGAUAUUAUUUAUGCUGGCGGCCUAAUUUUGUGACUCUCAUUGCUUCAAAGAAAAGAAGAAAGUCAAAGUCCCAUAAUUUUCUUUCUUUUAUAUAAAGAAAGAUGCAAAGUAGAGCAAACAGAGCAGUAUCUUGUUCAUCAUGUCUGCUUCCAAAAUCCCUCAAGUUGUCCUAAAAUCAUCUUCCAACCAAAUCAAAAUGCCAAUUAUAGCAUUUGGAACUGCAGCUGUAACAAACAACGAUGGAGAAAUCACAAAAGCUGCUGUAAUUGAAGCUAUAAAAUCAGGUUAUAGACACUUUGACACUGCAUUAAUAUAUGGCUCUGAGGAGGCUUUAGGAGAAGCUAUAGAAGAAGCUCUUCAACUUGGUCUAAUUCAAUCUAGAGAUGAACUCUUUAUUACCUCCAAACUUUGGCUCACUGAUAAUUUUCCUCAUCGUGUUCUUUCUGGUCUUCAGAAAUCACUUCAGAACCUGAAAUUAGAAUAUUUGGACCUUUAUUUGAUCCACUGGCCCAUAAGUGUGAAGCCUGGAAAUUGGGAAAUUCCAUAUGCUGAAGAGUUAAUUACAACAUUUGACUUAAAGGGAGUGUGGACAGCAUUGGAAGAAUGCCAGAAAUUAGGCCUUACAAAAUCUAUAGGAGUCAGUAACUUCACUCGCAAGAAACUUGAUGAUCUACUCUCAUUUGCUAUCAUUCCUCCUUCUGUCAAUCAAGUGGAGAUGAAUCCAGUUUGGCAUCAGAAGAAGCUAAAAGAAUAUUGUGAAGCAAAGGGUAUAAUUAUAACUGCAUUCUCUCCUUUAGGAGCCAAAGGGACCUUAUGGGGUAGUAAUGAAGUUAUGGACAGUGAAAUACUCAAAGAAAUUGCAGAGCAACAUGGCAAAACUAUUGCACAGGUAUGUCUUAGAUGGUUGCUUGAGCAAGGGGUAACUAUGGCUGUAAAGAGUUACAACAAAGAAAGAAUGAACCAAAACUUGGAAAUAUUUGAUUGGUCACUUACAAAAGAUGACCAUGAAAAGAUUGAUAAAAUCAAACAGAUUCGUGUCAACAAUGGGCCAGUUGUGUUCAUUCCUAACUUUUGGGAUGGAGAAACUUAAUCCUGAUUUUAGGUUCAAUCCACUAUUAUCUCAUUUGCAAAAUAAAUGCCACUUUGUGUUGUUGUUUCUACAUGUAUGAAUAGAAUCACGAAAUGGGUCGUGGUACUUUAUAUUAAAAAAUUCUCUAAUAAUAUGCUUGUAUUUUAUUAUUA